AUGACACAGAAGAAGCCUCGUCUCCAGGAUACGGAGGAAGUUUACUGUUUUGAUCGUUUUGAUCCAUGUUAUUACUGUGGAGGGAAAGCCAUGGAGAGUGUGGGCUUGGAGCGUGUGGUGCAGACCGUGGGGGUCCUACAGGCGGUGGUCCUACGGGCGUUUGGUCCACACGGGGGGCAGGUGCUGUUCACACGGGACACGGGACACCUGAUGCUCAGUCGGGACGGUGUGCGUGUUCUGAACGCACUGAGACUGGACCACCCGCUGGCGAGAAUGAUAGUGGAAUGCGCUACUGGACACAGUGCCCUAACAGGCGACGGGUCCAAGUCUUUCAUUCUCCUGCUCGCAUCACUCGUGCAGACGGUCGAGGACGCAGCGCGCAUGGAGAAGUGCGCGCCACACAGCUUGGCCCGCGAGCUGCUGUCCUUCUCCCUGCAGCAGCUGGACCCCCUCAUCGCCUCCGCAAUCUUACCCCACUCAGAGCACAUCAUAUGGACAGACCUGAGCGCAGCCUCGUCAUCCCCGGUGCAGAAGCUCCUCUCGGGUUUCUUUCACACCCGCCUGAGCCACGCACACUGCAAUUCUGUCAGUGACCUGCUUUGCCAGUUUCUUUCUCACUGGACAGCCGAAGUCGACCAGUCGUGCUCCUGUCUUCAGUUCAUAGAUGACACAUGGCCCGCGCUGUAUACUCCCGUUAUAGGCUUUCCCAUAAGUUACUCCAGGUUACUCGAAGGGCAAAUCAUCCACAGAGACUUCGCUGUGCCGUAUUCUCAGACAACAGCUCAACCAGUCAAAGCUAUUGUUGUAACCACGCCACUUCAGCCUAAAUUCAUGGAAACAGGACUGGCGUUAGAAACCGGAGACAAGGGGAGUUUUGUGCAUUUCAGCUCCUUUUGGGAAAGCUCUGUGGAGUGUGUGGUUUCAUAUCUGCAGAGUAUAGGUGUGUCCCUGCUCCUGUCUUCAGUCAAACAGACAGAUGCAGUGUUGGGUUUAGCGACAAAUUCUCAGAUCAAUGUGGUGGAGUGUGUGGAGCAGGAGGAGUUGACUCUUUUCAUGCAUCUAAGUGAAGCGACCGCCGUCACCGACUUUUGGGAUAUUCAGGCGAAGCAUGUGGUCUCGCUGGACUUUUGCAAACCUGUUCUUCUCGGAGCUCACAGGUACAUUCACGUGGCCUUCCCUGCUAAAGCCCCCGUCAGACCUUGCAGCCUGGUCGUAUGUGGCACAGGAGAAGGCCAGAGCGAGCAGCACGCCUCCGCCAUGCGAGAUGCCAUCAAGAUGCUGAAGACCACGUGGGAACCGCCUUCCUCCGCACCACCCCCAAACACGUCCUGCACCCCGCCUCCUGAUCACUACUGCCCACGAGGUUGCGUGCUCACUUCCGGCGGAGCUUUUGAAAUUCUUCUAAGUCUCGCUCUCCAGCACAGUCCUAUUUCCAAACGUGCACAUGUAGUUCCCCGGAUCCUGGCCGACGCUCUUCUCUGCCUUCCUCGCCACAUUUACUCCCACCAGCCGCGACGUUUUGCUCAAAUGCAAUACACAGUGCUGCAAUGUGUCCAAGAGCGCCUCACAAGCCCUGCGCAUUUACAGAGCAAUAUGAACUUAAAGUGUUGUGCGUGGGGUCUAGGACUGGAGUCAGUAUUCUGUAAGUACCAGCUGGUUUUGGCUGUGCUGCAGUGUUUCUCACAGCUCUUGACAUUAGACUCUGUUAUUCACACAAAGAGCAGACUUAAAACAAUGGAAAACAUUUCCUGCCAGGAAGAGGACGAGGACUGA